AUUACAGGUGCAUUUUUCUAAUUCCUUAUUGUUGAAUAAAAAGAGAAGGAAAAAAUUCCAAUUGAGAGAUUUCCAUAUUCUUUGUAAGAUUCUGAACUUAAAUGCAUUAAUGUGCACUGUUAGCUAAAAGGCUAUUUCUCCAUUAAUUAAGUAGCCAUUUUGAGUGCCCCUCAAGACUUCCUGUGUUCUAGCUGACUUUUUAAAUUCAGCCCUACCAGAUACCUUGAAUUGGAGGGUCCGGUUACGCCUGAUGGAAUUGAACAGAGCUGUGUGUCUGGAAUGCCCUGAGUUUCAGAUCCCUUGGUUUCAUGAGCGCUAUUGUCAGCAGAUGCAGCAUAAAGGCAAUGGCAGCACAAAUACAGCACAACAGCAGAUUCAUAGAAUGCUGGGGGAGAUCUUGGGAGGAAGCCAGUAUGCAAAAGUAUCUGUUCUCACGCCUUACUACUAUGGAAUAGAUUUUGAAUGCAUUCUGGAUAAAAACAAAAAGCCUCUUCCCUAUAUGGAUCAGAGUAUAGUUUUGGCUGACUUAGUGCAGUGGGGACCAGACAUCCAGCUCCUGGGGAAGAAGGGACUUCCACCGGGAGCACAGAGGUUAGUACAUGGUUUUCUAUAUGUUAGGUUUUGCUAAGUAGAUGAACCAAGUUUGCAUAUUCAGGCUUUUUCUUACCCUUCAUGGUGGCUGUGUUUUCUCUUGUCAAUAUACACAUCACAGCUCCUGUGAGUAGGAGUGGUAUUGAGUGUGAGGCAGGAGAGACAGCUGUUUCUUGUGAACGCCUAAUAUCAGUAUGGCCUCAACUCUUUUUUUUUUUUUUUUAUUUAAAACCCCCCUUAUUU